UUGUUUCGUGUAUAAAACCAAACCGGUCCAAUCGCUGAGCUACCACACCCACAGUGAUAGAACCAAACCGGUCCAAAUCAGACAUGCAAAUUUAAACUCUAUCCAAAAUCUCGAAUGCCCAGACCUAAACUAAAUAAUGCUAAUAAAACCCCCACGAUUUAAAUGAGGAAAGAAAAAUAAACCCUAAAAGAAGUAGUUUAGGAACUACAGAUUUGGUCGGAGGUGGACGGUGGUCGUAGUUUCACACUGUUCCGCCCACCAUUCUCCUCUAAAAAGCAAUGCCCUUUCAACCUCCCUCAAUGAUUGUUUUAGCUUAAAAGAAGAAACUCCAUCUCUGUAAUAUCAACUAAAACACCUUAACCACAAGUUUCUUCCACUUCUUCUCACCACGCGUAUCACUUUCUCUGUUGUCUUCCUCUCCCUCCUCAUUUCUUUUUAUAUUUAUCCAACAAACUUCGCUUUUUUUCAAAACAUACCCUUUUUUUUUAACUCUUUCUUAAAGACUAUGGCUUUGCUCAUGACCAUCAUCUUAGGGCUCAUCUUAGGAUGGCUAGCUUUCGUUGUUGGGUUGCUCAUAGGAUGGGCAUGGAAACCCAGAUGGGUUUCUUCUCCUAGUGAAGAAAAAGUCCAGUCACAAUGCUCUGCUCCUAGAUCUUUCGAGUUGUCUUCGCCAUCAUCUCCUUCUCCGUUAAAGGGUUUUGGCUCAGCUCCUUGCUUCAAAGCUCUUGUUUGUGGCACGCGGAAUAUGGCUUUAAGACAACAGAAAACAGUUUCUCCUGUUUCUUCUUCUGAACAAGUACAUGUACUUGAUGGAGGGAAGAAAACAGAGAGGCUGCCUAAUACUGUAACAGAGUUAGAUUUGAGGAAUCUUGUGCAACUGGUUGAGAGGAAAGAUGGUGGUCUUCCUUGGAUUCAGAUGAUGGAUCAGUUUAUUCCUGGUAUGAGAUAUCAAGCUUGGUUAAGAGAACCUAAGAAUGGUCCUACUGAGUAUAGAAGCAGAACUGUGUUUGAAGAUGCAACUCCUGAGGUUGUAAGAGAUUUUUUCUGGGAUGAUGAGUUUAGACCGAAGUGGGAUACAAUGCUUGCUAGUUCCACAACUGUUGAAGAGUGUACAAGUACUGGGACCAUGAUUGUUAGAUGGAUACGCAAGUUCCCGUUUUUCUGUAGUGAUAGAGAGUAUGUGAUCGGUCGCAGGAUAUGGAACUGUGGCAAAUCUUAUUACUGUGUUACAAAGGGUGUUUCGGUUCCUUGUAUACCACGUAACAACAAACAAAAACGUGUGGACUUGUUCUACUCUAGCUGGUGCAUUCGACCAGUGAAGUCAAGAAGAGAAGAUGGAGUAACAAGUGCCUGCGAAGUGCUUUUGUUUCACCACGAAGACAUGGGGAUACCGAAGGAGAUCGCAAAGCUCGGAGUCAAACGAGGGAUGUGGGGAGCAGUGAAGAAGAUGGAGCCUGGUUUACGCGCUUACCAAGAGCAAAGACUCUCAAGAGAAGGAGGGUCCAAGCUUUCUCGGCCAGCUUUCAUGGCUCAGAUCAACACAAAGAUCACAUCAGAACAUAUCGUUUCGCUCAGCAACGGUGCAACGUCUGAAGCUGAAGCUCCUGAAACUGAAGCUCCAGUUACGUUGGACCGAGGAAAUGGAGGUGAGAAUUUGAAGAAACUGUUGUUUAUCGGUGGAGCUGUUGCGAUUGCUUGCACUUUGAGUGGUGGCGGUUUUGUUCCUCCUGCGGUUCUUCUAGGGUUUGGGAAAAGGUUUGGUGGAAGAAAACGUGAGCCCCAAGGAACAGCAACUACUACUGCAAGAAGUCAAAGUCAAACUUCUUCUUCAUAGAACGAAAAUAAAUAAUUCAAGAUUAGUUUUGAUUAACCUUUAUACAAAG